UAGGAGCACAACGGAAUUACUCAGCAUCGGAGUUAGAAUUAUUGGCCGUAAAAUGGGCCACAGACCAGUUUCAUGUAUACUUGCUUGGAAAACCUUUUACUAUAAUAACAGAUCACCAACCGCUAAAAUAUCAAUUUAGUACACUUGCUUUAAAUAAUCGAAUGCAGAAAUGGCUUGUACACUUACAACAAUACUCGUUUAAAAUUGAAUAUAAUCCAGGACGUGCCCAAGGGUCACUAAAAGGAAAACAGGCACUAAUGGAUAUUCAAUUAUACGAGUCAAUAAAAUAUUACUUAACAAACCAUCGAUUACCAAGCAAUGUACCAACAGAUAUUCAACAAACUACACUAAAGAAAAUACAUGAAUUCACACUUAAAAAUGGAAAAUUAUUUUGGAUAAAGAAUGAUAUGGAAAAGAGAGUUAUAAGAAGGAAUGAGUUAGAAGAAGUACUAUUUAAUAUACAUGGAAGUCAAUUAUCGGGACAUUUUAAUGUGGAAGCAACGUUCAAUAGGGCCAAGCAAAAUUAUUAUUGGCCGAGAAUGUAUAGAGAAGUAGAAAAUUAUGUGAAGAGUUGUGACACAUGUCAAAGAUUAGGAAAUAAGAAGAAGUCAAAUGAACUCCACCCCAUACUGGUUGGACGAGCAUUUGAACAGGUAGGAAUAGAUAUCGUAGGACCAUUAUCAAUAACAUCAAAAGGAAAUCGCUAUAUAAUAGUAGCAACAGACUACCUCACCAAAUGGCCGGAAGCAAGGGCCAUUCAAAAUAUACAAGCAGAAACAGUUGCCCAAUUUAUCUAUGAAGAUAUAAUUUGUAGACAUGGAACACCAAGUGAAUUACUAUCCGACCGAGGAACAUCAUUUGUUAAUAGUACAAUAAAAGCACUAUGCGAAACCAUGGAAAUUAAUCAUGUACUCACCACAUCAUAUCACCCACAGACAAAUGGAUUGACCGAAAGGUUUAACAAAACACUGUGUGAAACUAUCGCUAAAUUUGUGAUACAACACAAAGGAGAAUGGGACCAAUACGUUUCGUCAGCUCUAUUAGCUUAUCGAACUAAAACACAGAAAUCAACAAAGUUUACGCCAUUCUUUCUUGUGUACGGGAGACAGGCACAAACACCACUUACACAAAAAUUUGGAAUGGAAGAUAACGACUUAGAAUACGAUUUAGAAGACCAUGUGGAUCUGAUAACAGAAAGAUUACAUCAUGUACAAGGUAUUGCAAAAGAAAAUAUAAACAAAGCACAAGAAGAUCAGAAGGCUAGGUAUGAUAAGAAAGUGAAACCAAAACAAUAUCAGAUAGGAGAACAAGUUUUAUUACGGGAGAGUGCCCAUGAAAAUGUACACGGAGAUAAGUUCAGAGAAAAAUGGUCGGGACCUUAUCUUAUUCACCAAGUAUGGAAAAGUGGAA